CUUAUUACAAGCUGUCCUCCCCGCCAACUGUCGCCGCUAUUCUGUCCUCCUUAGUUGAAUCUUGGGACGCUGGAUUUUUGUAUCGUACAAGAAAAAAUCGUUCAUCAUGCUUGAUCUGGCAGACUUCAUCAGUGAUCGCGGUGGCGAUCCGAACAAGAUCAAAGAGAGUCAACGGAAACGCUACGCCCCGGAGAGUGUCGUUGAUGAGGUCCUCUCCCUAUAUGAAGAGGCGCGGCGUGCACGGUAUGAGGUUAUGCAAAUAAACUCCCAGCUUAAUGCACUCCAAAAAGAAAUUGGCAAGAGAAAGAAGAACAAGGAAGACGCAAAUGACCUGAUGGAACAGAAAGCCGACCUCGAGAGGCGCAAGAAGGACGCCGAGGAACUGGCUAUCCAGAAGGAAAAGCAAAGAGACGGCAAAAUUCGGACUAUUGGCAACCUUGUUCAUGAUUCUGUUCCCGUGAGCAACAAUGAAGACGACAAUGCCGUAAUAAGGACAUGGGCGCCCGACAACGUGAAGGUCGAGAAGCGCAACUGUCUUUCGCACCAUGAGGUUCUCACUCGUCUCGAUGGGUUUGAUUCAGAGCGUGGUGUCAAAGUGGUUGGCCACCGCGGCUACUGUUUGACAGGUUAUGGGCUUUUCCUCAAUCUCGCGCUCAUAAACUAUGGCUUGGAAUUCCUCUGGGGUAAAGGUUACAAGCCUAACCAACCCCCUCAAUUCAUGCUCAAGGACAUGAUGGCGAAGACCGCCCAGCUUGAACAGUUCGACGAGGAGCUCUACAAAGUCACGGAAAGUGAAGACAAGUCCACCGACAAGUACCUAAUCGCUACUUCAGAGCAACCGCUUUCAGCCUUGCAUGACGGAGAAUGGCUGCAAGAUAAAGAUCUCCCAAUCAAGUACGCUGGAUAUAGUACUUGCUACCGGAAAGAGGCAGGUGCUCAUGGUAAGGAUGCAUGGGGAAUCUUCCGUGUCCACCAGUUCGAGAAGAUCGAACAAUUUGUUCUCACGAAACCGGAAGACUCGUGGCAAGCAUUUGACGAAAUGAUGGCCACUUCGGAAGAGUUCUACCGGUCUCUUGGCCUGCCGUACCAGGUUGUCGCCAUUGUUUCGGGGGCAUUGAACAAUGCCGCCUCGAAGAAGUAUGACCUUGAAGCGUGGUUUCCAUUUCAAGGAGAGUACAAGGAGCUAGUAUCCUGCUCCAACUGUACCGAUUAUCAAUCCAGAGCCCUAGAGAUUCGCUAUGGCACGAAGAAGGCUACUGAUGUGAAGAAGUCCUAUGUCCAUGCCUUGAAUGCGACUCUGUGUGCAACCGAACGUACACUCUGUUGUGUGCUUGAAAACUACCAGACAGAUGAUGGUAUUAUUGUGCCAGAGCCUCUGAGGAAGUAUAUCCCGGGCGCUCCCGAAUUUAUCCCAUAUUCCAAAGAGCUGCCGAAAGAUAGUACUUCCAACAAAAACAAAGCCAAGCAGACUACGAAGGCUGUGAGCGGUGCAGAUGAGACUGCGAAGAAACUGGAGGGUCUUCAGGUUUGAAUCUGGCCAGUCAAAUGUUACUUUAGACGAGAUCAAUUAGCGGGCCAAUGACUGUUAUGUGAGCAUCUCGAUUAACCAAGAAAAAAAAAGUGAAAGCGGUAAAAGCGAGAUCCCAGUCACCUGGGUCAGAAGACCACUGUUAUUGCAUAUGCCAUGAUAGUUGGAUGAUAUAGAGUACAG